GUGGGCCAUGCUGCCUGUCAGUGGAGCAGCAGCAGCAGCAGAGGGACCCGGAAACAGACUCAAUAUAACAGGAGCCAAAGAGCUGAGUUCCACCCUCAUGGAGAAGAUGCAGGCCCAGGAGAUGAUGAGCGGCCUGAGGAUACCGGAGAUGGACGACAUCGGCCAGUUCUUCCGCUCCCUGCCAACCUCCACACUGGUCGGCAUUGGUGCUCUGACCGCCGUGCUGGCGUACUGGCUGGCCACCAGACCCCGACCCAUCAAGCCACCCUGCAGCCUGCUACACCAGUCUGAGGAGGUGCCUCAUGAAGAUGGUGGUCGCAGGUCUAUGAUGGGCGACAGAUCCAAGCUACUGACUCAUUACCAUGACGACGCCAGGACCAUGUAUGAGGUCUUCCAGCGAGGCCUCCACAUAUCUGGUGAUGGACCUUGCUUAGGCUCGCGGCUCCCGAACCAGCCUUACAAAUGGAUGUCCUACAAAGAGGUCACAGCCCGGGCAGAGCAUCUGGGCUCCGGUCUGCUGCACCAAGGCUGCCAGCCCAAUCCCAACCAGUUCAUAGGAGUGUUUGCCCAGAACAGGCCAGAGUGGAUCAUCUCAGAGUUAGCGUGCUACACCUACUCCAUGGUAGUGGUUCCUCUUUAUGACACUCUGGGCCCAGACGCCAUUCGGUUCAUCAUUAAUACUGCUGACAUCUCCACAGUCAUCUGCGACAAAGUCGAGAAAGCUCAGGUGCUAAUAGAUAACGUGGAGCGGAAGGAGACGCCAGGCCUGCGAAGAAUCAUCCUGAUGGACGCCUUCGACUCUGCCCUUGUGGAGCGCGGCAGGGACUGCAGCGUCCACGUGCAGGCCAUACAGGAAGUGGAGGCUCUGGGCAGAGAACACUACAGAAAACCUAUACCACCAGCACCAGACGACUUGUCCAUUGUCUGUUUUACCAGUGGAACCACAGGAAACCCAAAGGGAGUCAUGCUCACCCAUGGGAACGUGGUGGCUGAUUUCUCAGGCUUCCUCAAAGUCACAGAUAAAGUCAUAUUCCCCAACCAAGAUGAUUGCCUCAUUUCCUUCCUGCCACUGGCUCACAUGUUUGAGAGACUCAUUGAGUCUGUGGUCUACUGCCAUGGAGGACGGAUCGGCUUCUACCAGGGCGACAUCCGCCUCCUCCCAGAUGACAUGAAGGCCCUGCGGCCAACCAUUUUCCCUGUGGUGCCUCGACUGCUCAACCGCAUGUACGACAAGAUUUUCAGCCAGGCUAACAGCCCACUGAAGCGCUGGCUGCUUAACUUCGCUGCAAAGAGAAAAGGUGCUGAGGUCAGCAGCGGAAUCAUUCGCAGCGACAGCAUCUGGGACAAAAUCUUCUUUAGUAAGAUUCAGAUAGAAAACGGGAGUAGCACUAGCAUACACUGAUACAUGUGUUCCUAAACAUUCACGUACAGUAUGUGGGUUCAGGCAUAUCCUUCACACCAUGUCGUCUGUGUGUAGGUGUAUGAGGCGUACGGCCAGACGGAGUGCACAGCUGGCUGCACCUUCACCACACCUGGAGACUGGACCCCAGGUCAUGUCGGAGCUCCGCUGCCAUGUAACCUCAUCAAACUGGUGGACGUUCCUGAUAAGAACUACUUUGCCUCUAAGGGAGAGGGGGAGGUUUGUGUGAAGGGACCAAACGUGUUUAAGGGCUACCUCAAAGACCCAGAGAGGUCGGCCGAGACGCUGGACGCAGACGGCUGGCUCCACACCGGAGACAUCGGCAAAUGGUUGCCUAACGGUACGCUGAAGAUUAUCGACAGGAAGAAGCAUAUCUUCAAGUUGGCGCAGGGAGAGUACAUCUCCCCGGAGAAGAUCGAGAACAUCUACAUAAGGAGUGAACCUGUGGCACAGCUGUAUGUUCAUGGAGACAGUCUGCAGUCCUGUUUGGUGGGUAUUGUGGUUCCUGACCCAGAAGUUAUGCCUGGAUGGGCCAAGAAGAAAGGCAUGUUGGGUACCUACAAGGACCUCUGUAAAAACACGGAGCUAAAGAAGGCAAUCCUUGAAGAUUUAGUGCGUUUGGGCAAAGCCAGCGGCCUCCACUCAUUUGAGCAGGUGAAGAACAUCUACAUCCACAACCAGAUGUUCUCCAUCGAGAACGGCCUCCUGACUCCGACACUUAAGGCCAAGAGACCCGAGCUGAAGGAGUUCUUCAAGGGGAAGAUCGACCAGCUCUACAACAGCAUCUCCAUGUGAAGGCCGGAGGGACCACGUUUUUCCCUCGAGCAUCUUAACACUAAGAUCUGCUUUGACCCUCGAUGUGCCAGUGGUCAGAGAUGCAACACCUUGGGUUUAACAUGCUUCGGGAAAGCAAGUGAAACUCUGGCUCUGCUUUAGAAGAUUUAACAACAGCUAAAUAAAAACAAACAAAGAACCAAGGGAAAGGCAGUGCACAACGUUAUGUGCAUUUCCUUUUAAUGUGCAUUUACUGUGUCAUAAUUAAAUGAAAUUAUGUGUUUUUUAAGAAGACAGUUAUUUAGCUUUUAGACUUAAUAAUGGAAUAACUUGUUUUUUAUGACAUGAAUUUUCAAUGUCAAAUUUAAAAAAACUAAAUAAAAACCCUGAUGGGCUGAAUGUGAGAGCACAGGAUGGACACAUUUUGCAGUGUAUCUUGUUACUACUUCUUCACUUUUGUUAAAAAUGAAAACGACUGUACUUAAAAAAUAUAUAGGGAGCGACCUUUUGUACCAUGAAGAUAUUCUCUCUUCUGUCAUCAGCCGAAGUAAAGAUAUAUACUGCAAAAUUCAUCCAUCCUCAAGUCUCAUGCCAGCAAUAUUUGGCUUAUUGUCCCCCUCUCAAGCUGUGAUUGAGGAGUUUGUUUAAAAUCGUUGGCACAAACAGUGUGUUUUUACUAAUAAUAAAAAAAGGCAGUUAUGUACUACUCCUCUUUACUUAGCUUUCUGUGUAAUGAAUUGUUUUUAAUGCAGCCUGGAAAAUUAAUGUCACAUUAAGAAUUGUGUUAUUGUCCAUUAAAUAUAAAGUUUUUGAUUCAGUUAUGACACAGUGAAUGCACAAUACACAUAUAAAUGUGUAUCAUUUUUCUUUGUUUGACUUGUUUUUUAUUUUGCCAGGAUAAAUCCUCCAUACACCGCUACCUGCGAUCCACCCAAACAAACCAUCAAAUGCUCCGUCCCCAGCAGCACACACUCAUCAGCACUUUUACGUUGAGAAGUCCACUCCUGUUUCCAGCUAACUCUGCUCCUCCAUCACUUUCAACCCACCAGCCAGAACACUCAACCAAAAUCUACUGCUGUGCUUUGACAGUCAAGUGUUGUGACAUCUGUGACUAGUGUAGCCAAAGGAGAGGUGUAGAUGUGAGGGAAUGCUAAUGUGAAGUCUAUUGAACCCCGUUGUUGCACAAUUAGACCAAAAUCCACCUGUUUGAGAUCAGGAUUACGAUUGUAAGGAAUCACGGUUGUCGACACUGUUCCACUGUGGAGCAUCACAUUUCGUGUCAUGUAUCCACUCGUCUGUCAUCAGCAGUUUGGCACGCAUGCUCCUCGUUUAUAUGAAGGACUUGCCCCACUGUAACAACCAUCAAACUUCACACUGCACAUUUGACACCUUCAACUGUUUUUUUUUUCAUUCAACUUUUGCACAGAGAGUAUGAAUGACAGGUUAAAAGAAAACUAAAAAAAGAACAUGAUGCAAAAACCAGGGCUCGGGGCAAUGCAUGCAGUUUGCCCUGCAGUGCUGGGACCGUUAGCAUUUGACUUGAAAAAUGGGCAACUUAUUCUUUGUGGCCAUUAAUAGCAGGUUUGUAUACAGCUGCCCCACAGCCACCGCUGCUAGUGCAAGGCUUUGUAACGUAGGCAAAGCCGAUGAAUUCCACUCACCGAAGGCGAACAGAACAUACAUCAACUUUUAAAACAAGUAAAGACAAUGAUUUUUUUCUGAAGGGGUUUACACAUAGAAAUAAUGUAUAGGCUUUUUAAGUUGAUUACCGUCCCAAAGCAUAAACAAUGUGGAUGUACAUAAAUGAGGACAGCUAGAUGUAAGCAUAUUUAUUAAAUCAAUGGUUUGAAUGGA